UGAUAUUUACACAACUUUCCAUGUUUUGAAAAUCUGGAAUUCCAAACGGAAUUUGGACAGUAAUCGUUCUGGACACACGGUGACUUUCCCCCGCCCCCUUCUUUUUUUUUUUUUUCUUCUUUAUUUGGGUGUGUUAAUAUUUCCAGAGGAAUUAAAAAAAAAAGAAAUAACUCGGACGUGGCACCGCAAUUGUCUUGUAUUUUGCUGCAGUCAUAUUUAAUCAUCGGACUUUGCAGGUGAUGAACGUUUUUCUUCUUGUGCACUGCCGGUUUGUCUUGGUGGGCCAAGAAAAGCGCCCCGAGCAAUAUUUGGGAGUAUUGCUGGCACUUUUCAAAGCAUUUUCUCUGCUCGAUUUGAAAAGGGUGUCGUGCAGCGAGCGCCCGCGUUGUGCACCCCCCCCUCCUUAAAACAGACCCCAGUGGCUGUCAAUCACGGCAGAUUCCAGCCAAUCCCAAAGCUUCUAUUUAAAAAAGCCGCUGUGCCUGCUGUGCUUUUAUAUUUUGCACCGUGGCCUGUUUGCGGGGGCACUUUUACUACCACGGUUAUUGCCACAAAUCAAGAGGGCAAAAGAAAAGUGAGGCGGGAUGGGACUCGCGGCAACUUUGAGCACUCUGGUGCGUCUUUCAGCUGCAGCGAAGUUCACGGCCAACAAUUUCACAUGCAGAUGAUAAAUAGCAAUCUGGGAGCAGACAUUUUGAAACGUCCUGUCCCGCGUUUUGUGUGUGUGUGUUUUUCUUUUCUUUUUUUUUUUUUUUUCUUCAAAAGAAUAUUUCCCAAAUUCGCCGCAUGCAAACUCUACACCCAAACAUGACAAGCCUGGCGCGGUUCACUGGCUGCCCUCUCAACCCGGGGGAGAGGAGCGGCGAACCCAGCAUGGCGCUGCCUUUGGCAGGGGAGCGCACGGGACUCCCCACUGGCACUUCCUUAAAACUCUGCCCCUCGCACUCUUUGCGAGACUACCCCGAGACGAGGUCCAGUGCAUUCGUUGACCACUCGCGCCCCCACUUUGCUGACCCGGGCUACAUAGAGCACAGCGGCCCCAGGGGCUUUGUCAUCGGAGGCGGCAUGCCACCGGGCACCGACCAGCUGGCAUCGUCCCGGGGGAACCAGCAUGGCGGCAUGCAGGCGCGCUACCGCGACUUCGCUGGCUGCAGGGACGCCAGAACAGGCGCGUUCUUCGCCAGCUACCAGGAGCAGGCCUCCGGCGGCGAGCCCGGUCAGAUGAUGGUGGGUCUACCUGGGGACCUCCUCAGCAGGAGCCACCCGUACGGGGGCGCCGUAAGUCCCAAGGGGGGCGGUCAGCAGCUUGUCACUCAGCUCCUGGGACUUUACAAGCCCUUCGUGCACCGAGCUGGAGGAGGCGACACGCUCCGCAGGUGCGCUAAAGUCAAGAGCGAGCUGGUGUGCAAGUGGAGCGCGUCCGACGGGCCCGGUGGCAAGGCGGCGCCGUGCUCCAGAGCCUUCGGGACCCUGUACGAGCUGGUCAGCCAUGUGACCGUGGAGCACGUCGGCGGAGCAGAACAGGCCGAGUACGUGUGCUGGUGGGAGAGGUGCGCCCGAGAUAGGAAGCCCUUCAAAGCCAAAUACAAGCUGGUCAACCACGUCAGAGUCCACACAGGGGAGAAGCCCUUCCCGUGUCCCUUUCACGGCUGCGAGAAAGUCUUCGCCAGAUCGGAAAACCUCAAAAUCCACAAGAGGACGCACACAGGUGAAAAGCCUUUCAAAUGCGAAUUCGACGGGUGCAAUCGAAGGUUCGCCAACAGCAGUGACCGCAAGAAGCACUCGCACGUUCACUCCAGCGACAAGCCGUAUAUGUGCAAAGUGAGGGGCUGCGACAAGUGCUACACGCACCCGAGCUCUCUGCGCAAGCACAUGAAACUGCACUGCAGUAAGGAGGCCCAAAGCGGCAUCACCACCGCCGCCGCUUCUGCUUCGGCCGCUUCCGCCGACUCGCAUCCCGGCGAGUCCGAGUCCCAGUUGCUCAGCCCCAUCCACGACGUGACCUCCUUGUCCCCCGGGAGUCCGGACGACUCGAGGUCACGUCUCCCCCUCGGAUUCGACAACAGGUCGCAGCCCCUGCUGGACGCCUUGUUGCUCCAGAGAGGCUCCUAUAGUACCAGCACUACCAGCAGUCUCGGUGGCCCCAGAACCCAGUCCGCCCAGUACCAGGCCGCCCACGCUUACCAGCACCAGAGCCCUUCCUGCAGGACUUUCCCAUCGGCCCCACAUUUCCAGAAAGGUUUCGUCAACGGGUGGUACACAUGUCACAGUGGUGUGGACUCCUAACUAGUAUGUCUGACUAUCAGUGGACAUUUCACUAGGUACACCUGCAAAAUGAUAUUUAAUAAGUUAGUUGAUGAGCUUUCACUUAUAUAUAAAAUAGAUAUGAAAAGUGGUCACAAUCAUUCAGACCACAGUUGUGAAAUUCAAGGUCCGUGGGCCAGAUGUGGCCCCUUCACAUUUUGUGCAAAUCCUGCUUUUUCAUUUUUUUGUUGAGUUCAACUCUCUCACAUAAAGCAAAUGCAUCUCAUUACUACUCACUU